GUCGACUAUUAUUUGGCGCAGCUCUUGUCCGACCAAAACUGUUUGGCCGGUGGUCCAAACUGCAGCGUGAAGGCCCUUUUUUCCCCCAGAGUCUCCGGAAAGCGAACUCGAGAGUUGGAGGGGAACGAUCCGUUGGAGCCCCUCAAGAUGGAGCCGCCACCGAAUUAUCCCAAGAAGUUCUACUGUGGAGCCGGGCGCCGGCUGCGGAAGACGGGCCAACAGGACUGGCGGCCGGCCAAACCAGGCGAUGCCUCGAGGAAGACUGCCUAUGUCCUGGCUGUGGGAGAUUGGGGUGCCACGACCUGUCCUCAUGA